AUGUCGUCAAGUGCGCAACCUGUUGAGGCAAAAGGUGAUUCACCCGAAGAUGAAGAUGGCGAAGGUGUUGAUAUCGGUAAAAAACAUAAACUUGGUCAUUUACGUGUUGACACUCAAGGAAAUGUUACCUUUAAACGUCUACCUAUAACUCAACUUGUCGAAGCGUUACAACUAGGCAUUCAGUAUACGGUUGGCGGACUUCAAGCCAAAGCUGCACACGACGUACUUUAUCAGGACUUUUUGACUGUUGAGAUUAUACAUUUCCCGAAGGAGGGAACGAAAACAACUCCAGCACAUCGAUUCUAUGAUUUUACUAUUCGUUCGUAUGCUCCUGUGGCAUUUCGACAUUUCAGAGAAUUAUUUAAUAUUAAACCAGAUGAAUUUUUGUAUUCGAUUUGUAAACCGCUAAGAGAAUUGAAAAAUCCGGGUGCAAGUGGAAGUUUAUUUUACUUAACAUCCGAUGAUGAAUUUAUACUUAAAACAGUACAAAAGAAGGAGGCGGAGUUUUUAAAAUGUCUCCUUCCCGGUUAUUACAUGAACGUCACUCAAAAUCCACGAACGUUGCUGCCGAAAUUCUUCGGUCUCUACUGUUAUCAGGGCGAAAAUAAAAAUAUUCGAAUAACUGUAAUGAAUAAUUUGAUUCCAUCUCAUGUGCAAAUGCAUGAGAAAUACGAUCUCAAAGGCUCAACCUACAAACGACGAGCAAAUAGUGCGGAAAGACGAAAAGAGUCUCCAACAUGGAAAGAUCUAGAUUUCAUGGAAAGACAUCCUGAUGGACUAUUAUUAGAUACCGAAACUUUCAAUGCGUUAGCGAAAACUGUUCAACGAGAUUGUCGAGUUCUUGAAAGUUUUCGGAUCAUGGAUUACUCAUUUCUCAUUGGUGUUCAUCAAGUUGAUGCAACUGCGGAAUCAGGCGGAGAUCGCCCUAUGCUAAAUCCUGUAUGUACACCUGGCGAACAAACAUCUGUACAACCAAAACGUAUGAUGUACUCCACUCCAAUGGACACUAUCCAAGUAGAAUUUGACGAACAUAAUAAACCUGAUGACCAUCUUGUGAAAACUGGCGGUAUUCCAGCACGAACGGCAAGUGGUCAACGCUUAUUGCUCUACGUAGGUAUAAUCGAUAUCUUGCAAUCGUAUCAUAUUCGGAAGAAAUUAGAACAUACAUUCAAAUCUGUCCUAACCGACGGGACGCAAAUCUCAGUGACCAACCCAAGUUUUUACUCUGAACGAUUUCAAAAAUUUCUCUUUACUACUGUAUUCAAAAAAGCACCACCUCUACGAGAAUCACCAGUCAAACGCCGAUCCAGGUUAUCAAAGAUGAUUCCAGGAUCAGAACGUGAAAAAGAAAUGAUGACGACGACGCCAGUCACAGUUAGAAAUGAUCGUGGUGGUUUAAAUACCUCGCCGAUACAGCGGCGAUCGUAUGAUACAACACCGUUGAAUUCGAAUCAAUCAGAUACUAGCUCACCAAAAACAGCUUAUAACACAAAGAUAUUUCGCAACAAUCUCCCUGUUUAUGCUGACCAUACAAAUUCGAGUUCGAGCACAGGAACUCGAACAACAAAUAGUCAAAUCACAUCCUACUAUUCUUCAUCGCCAUCUACACGUGCGCACGCACUGAUGCGAAAAACUGAAGCUGAACAUAAUCAACGCGAUAGUUCAACCACUCUCUAUUCAAGCUCACAUCAAUCAGAUUCUCUAUAUAAUGAGCCUACAAGACAAAAUUCAGCGAGGAUUGUAACAACGUCAUUCAAUAAACCUUUUCAAAGUCCAUCGUACACUAGAAGAGUUCUAUUAACACCGCCGAAGACAAGAGACAAUGAUGAAGAUGAUGACCAUGACGAACCACGUCAGAUUUUAUUACCCAUUGGUGGAGGAAUCGUAGGAAAAUUAGCAUCAUCAACAACGAACUUAUCCUAUCGUAGCAACUCAACUGAACAUUCACCUAUACACCGUCAACGUCGUAAUCCUUCAACCAGCGGUAUCGAAGAUGAAUCGAUCAUAACUUUGUUUGUCUUUUACAUGACGGCUACUGAACAACGAACAACCGGUUUAUUUCCUCAUCAGAACGGACGAACAUCUCCAGCCACAGUGUCAUGCGUUUCAGCCAACGUUGGUUCAAUAACAGACUUUCUUUUUUCUUCAUCGCCACAUUCCACUCUAACGCCUUCGUCGAACAUUCCAGAAAAUGAAAUAUCUCCACAAUCAACUGAUGAAUGUCCAUCAUCACCACCACAAAUUCUCAUACAUACCACAAGUGAACAAUGUCUUGAUAUCAAUCAACAAACGACACCGAAUAUGAACCAAACAACCGUAUCCGAAAGUGAUACGGAACCAUCAAGUGCAGGAAACAAAGAGAAGCUGGGACAUCGUCGUGUUGAUGAAACAGGAAAUGUAACUUACAAACGUGUGAUGGUGGAUGAUUUAAUGAAAUCCCUACAGAUUGGUCUUAAUUAUGUUCUUGGUAAACAUCAUCAGCCUCAACGACAAGUACUCUUACAAGAUUUCCAACAGAUAGAAUAUCAAGAUUUUCCUCCAGAAGGUUCAAAAGCAACACCGAUGCAUCCAUAUGCAGAAUUUCGACUGAAAACCUAUGCUCAAACGGCGUUUCGUUUUUUUCGUAAUGCAUUCGGUGUUGAUCCCUCCUCGUUUAUGCUGUCUUUAUGUGCUAAAGAUUUACGUGAUUUACCCAAUCCAGGUGCGAGUGGUUCAAUAUUCUACAUCACAGCUGAUGACACGUACAUUAUAAAAACAGUCUCAAAGAAAGAAGCUCGUUUCUUACUCAGUCUUUUGCCCGGAUAUUAUAUGAAUCUGACUCAAAAUCCCUUCACAUUAUUACCGAAAUUUUUCGGUCUCUACUGUUAUCAAAGUGCCAAUAAGAAUAUACGUUUUGUCAUAAUGAACAAUCUAAUUCCAACCAAUGUCCAAUUGCAUGAAAAAUAUGAUCUAAAAGGAUCAAUUUAUAAACGUAAAGCUUCAGAAGAAGAACGCAAACGUGAUCUGCCCACGCUGAAAGAUAAUGAUUUUAAAUCAUUGCAUCCAUAUGGUUUAAUAGUAGAACCGUUCUUUCACGAUCAAUUAAUGCAAACGAUUGAAGACGAUGUUCGAGUUCUUGGUAGUUUUGAUAUCAUGGAUUAUUCUCUUCUACUUGCUGUUCACAAUAUCACUGAAGAAAUGAAAUCAACGCAGAAUUUAUCUCUUUUACCGCCGCCACCGCCACCACCACCGCUAUCUAUAGUAUCUCCAACUCCAUGCAAACGAACGCCUUCAGGAUCCGACAUUACUGUUAAUUCAGCAUUAAGUAUUCAUGAAGAAUUACGAACAACAACGUCAACAGAUUCUGGUAUUACAGUAACGACAGUACCGAAUCUACCUACAUAUAUUCAAUACAUACGUGUUAUCGAAUUCAUACGCAAUCAACAAGAACCUUCAGUAAGAACAUCAUCGGUUUCCAAUGUGGAGAACUCUGCAAUUGAUAAUCUCGAUGCAGCAACUCAUGAUCAUCAACCAGUUCUUCGUCGAAAUAGUAAAAGUCCAACAAAUAUUCAUGAUGCAUCGCCGCAUCAUGUUACUAAUACUUUAAUUGGCGGUGAUCUUUGGUACAAUCGACAAAACCUUUCACGUCUUGCUAUGGCUGGCAUUCCAGCUGUUAAUAAAAAUGGUGAUUUACUCUUGUUAUACGUUGGUAUCAUCGAUAUCCUUCAAAAUUAUCGACUACGUAAAAAAUUAGAACAUGCUUUCAAAUCGACUUUAGUAACACGAGAAGAAAUAUCUGUUUGUAAUCCAAGUCAUUAUGGUGAUCGUUUCGUCAGAUUUCUUUCACACAAAGUAUUCCGUAAAGGUGGGCCUAAUGGUAACACAUUACUAUCGGAUACUCAGUCAAAUACAGAUCGAAUUACUUUGCAUAGUAGCAGAUUAUUAAAUGCUUCAUCAUAUCGUUCUCAAACGAGUGAUGACAAUUCAUCAAUAGCGAAUAAUAACAAUGAAAUGCAUAGUAUAAAAUCUUGA